CAUCAUCAUCAUCAUCAUAAUUGUCAUGUUGAAAUCAUCAUCAUCAUCAACUUUAAUCUGGUUAUCGAUCACCAUUCUGUUGUUGAUCGAUAUUUUUUAUUCAAUCAAUGGUGAUGAUGAACAAAAUUUUAACAAUGUAGAUGAUGAUGACCAAUUUGAAUUGAAUGAUCAAUUACAAUCGGUGGCAAUCAAUCUGUUGAAACAAUCGGCAAAUCGGACAUUCGUUACAGAAUUGGUGAAUGAAAAUGUGGACGCAACAAAAAUACAAUCAUAUCCAUCAAUGGAUGAAUCGAUUGCUAAAGUUUAUAAACAAAUGACUUGGUCACAGAUUGAUGCAUUGAAAAAUGAACUACAAUUACAUGAUCAUUUCAUUUAUGAACCGAUCCAUGAAAAAUGUACAGAAAUCGCUACAGAAUUCGAACAAUCUUGUGAUCAUUUUGAUCAAAAUGGUGAUAUUUAUCGAUUGGAAAAAGAUUUCCUUGCUACCGGUGAUCAGGUUGUAUCGUUACAGAAAAUGGUGAUUCGAAUAAUCAAUUCAAAAUUGGAACAACGUUUACCAAAACAGCCAAAAUCAUUGGCAAAACAAAAUUAUGGAAUCGGUACCGAUAUUCUUGAUCAAUUUGAUUAUCUUUGUCGAUCAUUUUUUGGCAUACCAAUUCCUGGUUAUAAAACCACUGUAUUCACACCGAUCAAUCAACUUCUUGCGCUUACUGAACGAUUACAAAUGAUCGAUACUAUACGUUUGCCAACAGAUGACGAAUAUGAUGGAAAACAAAUAAAAAUCGAAUCAAAUGAUCAUCAAAGUUUAAAUCGUUUAACCAUAUUAUUACGUCGAUUACGACAUACAUACUAUCUAUAUCGAAUGUCAUCAUAUUCAAAUCAAUUAAUGGACACUUAUUAUUUACGACCAUUGGCUUAUCAAGCAACACUUAGCCUAGUGGACAGUGUUGGCUAUCUAACAUGGUCUGAUCCAAUAAAUAAUUUAAUUCUAACACAAUUACGAUUUCUAGUUCAAAUAUUUAGCGGUAAUCUACAGCCAAAUAUUUUUACACAGCCAAAAAUUGUUAAACAAUCAACAAAACAAAUUGAUCCAAAUCAAUUACGACAAUUGAUCCGAACAUUACGACAACAUGAACAAAAACAACAUGAUCAUAUUGAACAAAAUCGUUUGCGUACAAUGAUGGAAAAUUUGAUGAAAAAUCAGCAAAAACAGCAAACACAAAUUGAUAAGAUUCUACAUGUUUUGGCAUCAUCAUCAUCAUUAUCAUCAUCGAAACAUGAAAAAAAGCCUGAAAUAACACACAAAUCAACCACAACAACAACAACUCAAAAACCAAUUACUACUAAAUGUACAACAACGACGGAAAAACCAAAAAAACCGCACCACCCACAUCAUCAUAUGACAACAAGCACAACAACAACAACAAUGAUAAAAGUUGGCCAUUCAAAAUUGGAAAAAGCGACAACAACCGUACGGCCAUCUGAAUCCGUUGUACGUGGUGGUGAUACAUUACGACAGCUUAAACAGCAAAGAAAAUUAUUGAAUGAAUUAUUACAGGAACUACAGAAACCAUUUAAUCAUACAGAUCGAUUUACUUGUUGCACAUCGCACUCAUCAUCAUCAUCAUCAUCAUCGUCAAUGGUGAAACCGAAUAAUAAUAAUCAUAACAAACAGAAACAACAACAACAACAAAAUCAAAAAAAUGCAGAAAAAAAUUUAGGACAAGCACAAAAUGCAUUGAUGGCCAUUAUGCAGAAUAUAACACCAUUAAUCACUGUAAUGGCACAAUCACAAUUGGUUUCACAGCCAAAAAUUGAUCAAUCCAAAUUAGAUUUAUUGACCAUUGUACAAACAAUGAAUAAUAAUCAACAAAUAUUGUUGGAUUCAUCAACAUCAUCAAUUAUUGAUUUUAGCGGUCCAUUCAAUAUUAUGACCAAUUUAGUUAAUAGAUUACAACAGAUAUUGGAUGGUUUCAUCAAUGAUCUAAAUCCGAUUCAUUGACAAUCAUCAUCAUCAUCAUCAUCAGAUUGAUUAAUGUUUGUCAUGUUUGUAAAUCAUUUUUUUUGCUAUUCAAUGGCUAUCAAUUUAUCGUAA